AUGAUCGCGACUGGCGGCCUCCUGCGGAUCAACGCACGACGACAGGACUCACUGAGGUCCAAACCACACAAAGCACACACACACAAGAAGAAGAACAAGAGGAGGAACGAGGUGGUGGUGGUGAAGGGAAAGUUGAAGCUGUUUUCAGUCUCGGGUCUCGUGGCGGCGCUGGGCAUCCUGGUCCUCCUGGUGGGCGUGGUCAUGGCGGCUCUGGGCUACUGGCCUCGAGAAGGACUCUUCUACAGCGCUCAGCCCCAGGAGGCUACCGCCAUGGCUUUGGUGUCCUCCAGCAGAUCCACACCUGCUGAGGCUCAGGGAGAAGAGGAGGUGAGGAGACACCGAGGAGGAGGAGGAGGAGGAGGAGGAGGAGGAUUCAACCGGACUGAAACCGUCAACAGGACCACGGGACGGCUUUCACGAGGCUUCCUGAAGGACUUUCUGGACAGGUAUCUGUGCUCUGAUAGGCUGAAGGUCUUCGGUCCUCUCAUCAUGGGCAUCGGGAUCUUCCUCUUCAUCUGUGCGAACGCCGUCUUGCACGAAAACCGGGACAAGAAGACCAAAGUCAUCAACCUGCGAGACAUUUACUCCACUGUCAUCGACCUCCACGGCCUCCGCAAGCCCAACGUCUCCUGCGCCUCCUCCGCCCGCUGCUCCUCCACCAACCCCCCCAACGGCCUCGUCAACUACGUCCAAUCAAAGAGCCUGGAGGCCAAACCCAGGACUUGCCCCGCCUCCUUACUGAGCAGGAGGGAGGGAGGUGGAGGAGGUGGAGGUGGAGGAGGUGGAGGAGGACGACAGGUCAGUGUUGGAGGUGGAGGAGACGCAGUGUUCAGUAUCUCCCAGGAGCAGCCGGACGCUCUUCCUCCCCCCUCCGCCCACAGACUCUUCCUCCCCCCCAGCUUCAGCCCCCGCCAUCCCUCCACCUGCUGGACCUCGCUGCAGAAGGAGGCACUCAGCUCCUUCACCUUACCCUUGCGCAGCCCACGGUCCUCCUUCGCCCCCAGGAGGCACUCGGCCCAGGAGGGGGUGGGCGGGAGCUGGGCCACAGGAGCUUCCUGCAGCUUCCUGCCAGGAGGCUCCCAGGCCCUGCUCCUCCUCUCCUCCUCCUCCCUCUCCCCUUCCCACCUGUCGCUAUCCUCCCUGUCUCACCUCCUCUCCUCCUCCUCGUCCGUGCCGGCCCCCCCCUGCAGGAGGCUCAGCACGCUGAGCCACGGAGAGGAGGAAUUGUUUGAGUCCACCGAGAUGAUGUCAUCACGCCGCGUGACAUCACAGGGGUCGGGGGAAGUGACAUCACAGGGGAAGGACUCCAACAGGGAGAAGCUGAGGAUGAUCUCUCAGGCGGAGCUGACGAUGUGA